AUGAAGUUCUUUAUUGACGAUCUUCCUGUCCUUUUCCCUUACCCUCGAAUUUACCCCGAACAGUAUGCGUACAUGUGCGACCUUAAAAGGACCCUCGAUGCUGGGGGUCACUGCGUUCUUGAAAUGCCUUCUGGAACCGGCAAGACCGUUUCGCUAUUGUCCCUCAUUGUGGCAUACCAACAACACUACCCCGAACAUCGCAAGCUCAUCUACUGCUCCCGUACAAUGUCGGAAAUCGAGAAGGCCCUGGCUGAGUUGAGAGCUCUGAUGAAAUAUCGGGCAAAGGAGCUCGGUUUCAUUGAAGACUUUCGAGGUUUGGGCUUGACCAGCAGAAAGAAUUUGUGCCUACAUCCCUCCGUCAAGAGGGAGAAAAGCGGUGCUGUCGUUGAUGCGAGAUGUCGCAGUCUCACAGCCGGCUUUGUCAGAGAGAAGAAGGAGCGAGGAGAGGAUGUCGAGGUCUGUGUCUAUCAUGAUAAUCUGGAUCUCCUCGAGCCCCAUAACCUGGUCCCUCCUGGGGUAUUCACACUCGAUGAACUCAUAAGGUAUGGUGAAGAUCAUAAGCAGUGCCCCUACUUCUCCGCUCGACGCAUGAUGCCCUUUUGCAACGUCAUCAUCUACUCCUACCAUUAUCUACUCGAUCCCAAAAUUGCGGAACGUGUCUCGAAAGAGCUCUCAAAGGAUUGUAUAGUCGUCUUCGAUGAAGCCCACAAUAUUGACAACGUCUGUAUCGAGUCAUUGUCCAUCGACUUAACUGAGGACUCGCUAAGGAAGGCCACUCGCGGAGCAAACAACUUGGAACGAAAGAUUGAAGAGAUGAAGGCGUCCGACGAAGAAAAGCUUCAGAAUGAAUACCAGAAGCUCGUGGAAGGCCUGAGAGAAGCAGACGAAGCACGAGCAGAGGAUGCUUUCAUGGCUAAUCCCACCUUGCCCGACGAUUUAUUGAAGGAAGCCGUGCCUGGCAAUAUCCGUCGAGCUGAGCAUUUCGUGGCUUUUCUCAAACGCUUUAUCGAAUACCUCAAGACUCGAAUGAAAGUCCUAUACGUCAUCCAGGAAACCGCUCCCUCAUUCCUCGCGCAUCUCAAAGAGUUGACGUUCAUUGAACGCAAGCCACUGCGAUUUUGUGCCGAACGACUGACAUCCCUUGUCCGCACUUUGGAAUUGACGAAUAUCGAAGACUACCAGCCAUUGCAAGAAGUGGCGACGUUUGCCACUCUUGUGGCAACCUACGAGACCGGGUUCCUACUGAUCUUGGAGCCUUUCGAGACCGAACAAGCGACAGUCCCCAACCCGAUUUUGCACUUCGCAUGCCUUGAUGCCUCGAUCGCGAUCAAACCGGUCUUCGAACGGUUUUCUUCUGUUAUCAUCACUUCUGGAACCAUUUCGCCUUUGGAGAUGUACCCGAGAAUGCUCAACUUCAGCACCGUCACACAGGAAUCAUACCCAAUGUCACUUGCGAGGCGAUCUUUCCUCCCAAUGAUCGUCACCCGUGGUUCUGAUCAGCAGUCUAUAACAUCUGGCUUUCAGUCUCGGUCUGAUCCAGGCGUGGUACGCAAUUAUGGGGCUUUACUUUAUGAAUUUGCAAAGAUUACACCGGAUGGCAUCGUUGUCUUCUUUCCUUCUUAUCUUUACAUGGAAAUGAUCAUCAGUAUGUGGCAGGGGAUGGGUAUUCUGGAUCAAAUCUGGCCCUACAAGCUGAUUCUGGUUGAGACGCCAGACGCCCAGGAGACUAGUCUGGCAUUGGAGACCUACCGCACUGCAUGUGAAAAUGGCAAAGGCGCAAUAUUGCUUUGUGUCGCUCGUGGCAAAGUGUCUGAAGGAAUCGAUUUUGAUCAUCAUUAUGGGCGUACUGUGCUGUGUAUGGGUGCGCCUUUCCAGUACACAGAAUCGAGGAUCCUAAAGGCACGUCUAGAGUUUCUGCGAGAGAACUACAGAAUCAAAGAACAAGACUUCUUGUCUUUCGACGCUAUGCGACACGCUGCCCAAUGCCUCGGGCGAGUCUUGCGUGGGAAAGACGAUUACGGUAUCAUGGUUUUGGCCGACCGCCGAUUUCAGAAGAAACGAACUCAACUGCCUCGAUGGAUCGCGGAAGAAAUCACUGAUGCUCAGACCGGAUUGAGCACCGAUGCUGCUGUGGGGAUGGCAAAGAAGUUCUUGAGAAGUAUAGCCCAGCCUCUGGGACCUGGGCAGAAAUUACCUGAUGGCUCGACCAAAGGUAAAGACAGCUGGGAUCUAAAGGAGCUAGAGAACUUCCAAAAAGAGCAACAAGCAAGGCGAGGCGAAGGCGAUAUGGGAAGAGAAGACGCAACAAUGCACGAUUACAUGCACAGUGAGGUCAAUGGCGCUCCAGCGCGGAACGGUACCAAUGGUCAUGUCGUUGAAAUGGACGAGUUUGAUCAGGUUAUUGCUGACGAGGAGCUGCUCAUGGCAGAAGCAAUGGUCGUGGAAUAA